UCGCGAGAACGGACGAGGUGUAUCAUUGUACUCGUCGUUACUCCGGUCUCUCGCGAGGAUUUCGGUGACAGUUACACUUUAUUCCGGCGAGUACGUGAGCGAGUAACGUCGUCGUUCGAUCAGAAGGAGGAAGUGAGAAAGAGAGACAGAGAGGAGCAGAUUUCUAUCUCGUUGACGUACGUUGCAAGAUGUUUUCUGGCCUGACGAAUCAGGUGUCUACCUGGAUGGGCAAGAAGCCCGAGAACGGCAGCGGAGAGCCGACACCCGAUAUGCCGAAACCUACUUCGCCGGAGGUUGAGACCAGCGCGGAUCUCGAGAAAAAGAACAAUACCAGUCCGAAAGGCAAUAAAUUGGAGAUGUUUGCCGGGGUAAAGAAUCAAAUGUCCGGCUGGUUGAGUGGUGGUAUACCCGGAUUAAGCCGCGGCGCCGGGGCUGCAGAAGGUGAGGCCCCACCGUCAACCGAAACAGAAGAGAGUCAGCCCGAAGAGAGUCAGGCUCCCGUCAGCGAGCAAGUCAAGGAUGAUGACGCAAGCAGGUGGGGUGCGACCGGUGGAGCGGACAGCGGUCCCGCGAGUUUAGAGGGCACUCCAACUGACGACAAAAAUGGACAACAAGCUUUUGGCGCUGUUUCUACGAAGGCACUGGCUGGUGCGAAGAGCCUCGGUGGAUUCUUAUACAGCGCUGUGAACAAGGCCGGAAAGACCGUAGUGGAGGCCAGCGUGAAAAUCAAGAAGACCGUCGAAGAGAAUAGGCUGAUUGCUGAACUCAAUAAGGAACAGGAGGCUUUCAUCGCCAGCAAGCAAACAGGCGAGAAGGGUGAGGCUGUUGCACCGUGGGUUGGUGCGCCAAAUGAGGACGCGCUGCGUGAGGAAUGCCUGUCCCUCUCGACCGAUCGACGUAAUUUCGUGAGAGCACCACCACCAGGCGUAGAAUUCGCUUGGGAUUUCGAAGCUGUUCAGCCAAUGGCACAGGCCACCCUUGCCCUGGAUCCGAAUCUUGAAGCUAUGAGGUUCGAGCUUGUCCCGAAAGUUAUAUCCGAGGAGAAUUUCUGGCGCAACUACUUCUAUCGGGUGUCCUUGCUGCGUCAGGGCUACGAAUUGAACGCGAUGGCCAGUCAACAGCAAGCAGAAAGCAACCCCAAUCAAACGCUCGCCAGCACCGAUAGCAUCGAUCAUACUCAAGUUCAAAUGACCACUGGCCAGACAACCACCACCGGAGUCACGACGGCGAGCAGUAACAGCGCGCUAGCCGAUUCGCCAGGUCACGAGUUCGUAUCCGAUACCAUGAGGGUCUCGGACACAGACCUCGAGGAGGUCCGAGAGGGAAUGAAAAAGCUGGGGAUGCAGCCGCCGAAAGCCUAAAAGAAGAGGAGAGUGCCCCCCAAAUGCCAUUAUCCAAAGCACACCCCUCAGAGAUAUACAUGCUUCCCACUCUCGAAAACUGACAAUUUCAGUUCUUGCGAUAUCGAAACUUCUUUUCGCGUCUCUUUCUCUUUCUCCCAUUCCCAUUUCCGUCUCUUUUCUUUCUUUCUUUCUCUGUUUUUUUCCUCUUUAUUGCUCCAUUUCUGUUACGUUCGAUCGCGAAACCACCCCUUCCUUGACACGAACGUUUCCACGGGAUGAACAGCGUGUUCCUUCUUCGCGGAUAUUCCGUUUCCGAUCGUCGGCAGCCCACGCGAUUCCGUGCCAGUCGCAAGGAUCAGCUCUAUUAAAUGCGACGUCGAGUAUGAAUCGAUGAAGAAGUUUGUGUGCAAAGUGUGAAACGCCUCCUCUAUGAUUCCGGAACGAAAUGAACGCGCGUAAGAAGCAGCAAAGUCCGAUUUAAAAACAUUACGCGAUCAGAUCCGUCAUUGAAAACAUAAAUUUAAUUAGUGUAGUAGACAAAUUUUCACGUGAAGUAGUGUUUCAGGCUCUCUGUUAGUGACUGUAGUGAUCUUAGAGAGUACUCGGAUUUAUAUAAAGAUCUUUCGAAUUUUACUUUCACGUAGAAGAGGGCUGAAAUGUCUUGGAACGGGCACUGAGAGCAUUUUUAUAUUUCCAAUUAAGGGUAUAUCUUUUAACGACCGCUCAAAGAGACAAGCUGGCUGGAACAAGCGCAAUAUACUUUUGCGCGAUCCUUUUAAAUACAAGUGUCACGAUGCAUUGGGGAACGCUUAGUUCCGGCAUUCGACGAGACAAAUUUGCAAUCAGCGCACGUUCGCCAUAACGCGUAUCGCAGCAAAGGGAUUAAGUAAACCAAGAGAAACAUAUACAACGUAUACAGCUGGGCGUAAUGCUGCAUGAUUAUGACGUGGCUAUCGUUAUCGUUAUUAUUACUGUCACACUGCGAGGUCAUUGCACCGAUUGUCAUUAAACGCUAAUACCUGAAUCAGUAAUGAGCCCAGAAACGAGACAAUUCACCGGUUGCAAUCAACCGUGAUGACGAAUUGAGAAUCGACGUGGGAAGCGAAACGCUGGCGAACAGCGUCGGGGACAGGCAAAAAUUCGAGAAAACAGAGAAAAAAAGAAUAUUUUAAACGCGAUAUAUUCGCAAUUUUAAUUUGGAAGAUGUUAAAAGUGAUAUUUUUUAUUUUGAAUAUUUAUGUCGAGUAGAUGUGUUUGAAAUUUUGCCCAGUUGAAGACACGCUGAGCUCGUCGAAUUGCGAAAAUCGAACAUGAAACGCAAUGGAAAAGAGGAAAAGGAAACGUUAGAUAAACAAAACGUCGUCACGUCGAAACGUUGUGCGCACGUACACGAAUGUAAUGAAUAAAAACAAGAUGCAAACACACAACAAUAAAAGGGAGGUUCCGCGAGAGAACGAAGAACGAGAAAGAAAAUAACAUACAUACAUACAUACAUACAUACACAACCGGAAUAGUAGCAAAAAGAUAUUCAGCUACGUGUCUGUAUGUUUGGCCGUUUUGCCGUUGCCACUCUCUGUCUCUCUUUCUCUGUAUCAAUUUCAAUUAAUCUAGCCUGUUCUCGAUUCUCUCCGUGUCUUUGUAAAGCAUAAAUAAGCAACUAAGCAGAAAUAACGAGCAGAAAUAAUCGAAGAAAAGUAUAAAGAAAUCGGAAAGUGUAACGCAGUUAUUGAUGAAACGCGAGAGAUUACGUUGCGCAAACUGUAAACUUAAUUAUAAGUAUAUCUUCGUAAGAGAUUAAUUAAAUGGAGACCUAAGGAAAA